AUCCCAUACGACCAACUUCACCACGACGCUGCUCCAUCGAAAAUCAACAAACUGCACGUGCGAGCCUCGAAUCCGCGACCUCCGACUGCGCUCACCUUUGCGCUCUGUGCCCAUCGCAUCCAGCUUUGCGCUUGACGACUCAGAGAUCCAACGCCAAUUGGUGGCAUCCCCCCAGAAGCACGCGCGCCAUGUCUGCGCCAUCAGCGAUGCCCAGACCGGGCGCGAGGUCGACGCGUCCGACGGCUGGGCAGCUUCUGUCGCUGCCGCCAAAGUGGCUCGGCAUGUACGAGGACUUUAUCACCAAGAAUGCAGGGCAGGUGUCGCAGAUUGAGAGCGCGCUGCGCAGUCUCACGUACAUCAUCCCAGGUCGCUUCCGCGAUGCCGAGAUAGCCUCCGAGUCGAUACAUUCGGGCGUGCAGCUCCUGUCGCUCUACCACGAUACCCUCCUCACGCGCGCUGUUUCUCGACUAGCGCUGCCGACACCAUCAGCGCAUGCGCGGUAUACACGGUUCUGGAGCGAGAAGAACACGAAAUACCGUCGCGUGGCGAUGCUUCUGCAGAUGGUCGUCUACACAGAGCUGCUCUGCGAGAUGACGGCGAAACGCAAAGGAGGGGAGAAGUCGCGGUGGCGGGUCGUGGUGCUGCUGGAGGCGAUCAAGGCUAUAUGCCGCCUUUUGCUGCUACGUAUAACACGAUCACGUCCGCUGGUCUCGCCCGUAUUGCCUGAGAGAGAGGCCAUACCGGCGGAUGCGGUAGAGGAGGCAGAAGACGACACAAAGAGCGAGAGCGAGCUGAUGGACGAGGUGCAGCUCAACGGGGACAUUGCCAGGGAUAUCUUGAACGAGGACGAAGGCAAGGCACCGUACGAGCGCGAGUGGAGGAUGCCUCGGACGGGGAUGAGCUUGCCCUCGCUACCCAACUCGGGCGAUAUCAGCUCCUACCUGCUGGGUCGCGUCCUCACGGCGGACGACAUCAAGCCUGCAAAGAACCUACUGAACCAGCUCCAAGGGUCAGGUCAGGCAGCAGAGAUUCUGCAGAUCCUGGCCCCCUUGAUCUACGCAUCGGCGCUUGCUUCGAGCAAGAACCGCAAGUCAUGGACGCCUUGGGUCGUUGGUCUGACAGUGGAGUAUGCUGCGCGCCAGCUGCGCGACCGCAGCCUGCGCACCACGGCCCUGGAGCGCGACGAGUGGAACAAGCGUGGCUGGGCCAUGGCCUGGUGGGCGAUGCGUGGCGCCUUCUACGAGAACGUGACAAAGGGGAUGGUCGGUGGCGUGACGCAGCGGAUGCCUGGAUUCAUCGCCGGCAUCCUGGAGGACUACGAGUACCUGUGGGAGAAUUACUACUUCAGCACCAGCGCCUAAUGAGAGAGAACGACAGACUGUUAUCAAGUAUCGUGCGGAGAGGGUAUCCAUCUCAACAGUUCGGAGAUGAUCGAUGCGUAUCCUUCGUAUACGGGAUAUUAAUUACAUGGCGCAGAAACUUCAGAGCUGGGCUGUCUCCUCCCCUCUACCGGUCAUCGGCGUCGACAAUGGGCCGCCGCCGUCUGAGCUUUCCUUUUCGUUUUUUUCUGUUCAUUUUUUUGCCUCUCCUUGUUCCAAGCGUGUCGUGAGUCGUGCAAUCGCCUAAGAUGUUGGCGGCUGGGCGCUGAAACGGGUCGGUCCUCGAUGGUUGAAC